UCUUUGGCAUCAACCACCCUCCAUACCAGCGGCACCGGACAACAUAUAUUGCGCAACAGCGAGCAGGUCUGUUCUCCGCUUCCUUGCACGCAGAGUAGAGCGCACCAUUCAUCCAGCAUUGGAAGCCGCAGCAGUCCCACCGUAGCCCUCGGAGCGCAGCGAUGUUUUCCUGCAGAGCGGCCUGGCAAAGGUGUGGGCCUUUGGCACGGAGAGCAGCCUACAGGUUGCCCCGGGAUGUUGUGCAGCGGCGGCCGAUGUCGUCUGUUCCUGGUGGGUCUGGGGAGAACAUAGUCUAUGCCGUGCUGUGUGGUGGAGCUUUUGUCGGUGCUUUGUCAUAUGCAUACAGCACUGUGUCCACAGACAACGACAGGUUCAAUGAUCGCAUUGCAGAAAUCAAUGCCAGACCCAAGACAGAGUGGGUACCUAAACCAUGGCCACCGAAGGGCAAGGACGGCGAAGAGGGUGGAGAGGAGGAGGAGGAGGACGCAGCAGCUGAGGAGGCCGGGGGAGAGGCCGAGGUUGGCAAAGAGGAGGCUGAGGCUGCUGCUGCUGAUGGGGAGGCAGAAACUGUAGUGGAGGUAGUUGCUGAGGCAGUUGCCGAGACUGCGGAGGUCGUUGCCGAGGUGGCGGAGGUCGUUGCCGAGGCUGCGCAGGAAGUGGAGACGGUCGCAGAAGAAGUGGUCCAAGUGGCCGAAGCUGUUGAGGAGGCUGCCCAGGCUGUCGCAGAACCAGCCGCCGUCACUACCGAGGAGCCUGAAAGCAACGUGCUGCUGGCAGCUGCCUCUACACUAGAGGUACUGAAGAUAGCUGAAGUAAAGGAAGAGUUGGCACCCGCUGUUGAAGACGCCAAAGAGGAAGAGUCCCCGGAACCUGUAGAGGCAAAGCCUGUUGAAGAAAUUUCACCAGUUGAGGCUCCUGCUCCCACUGGGGCCCCUGCACCAGUGGAAGAGGCCCCUGCACCAAUAGAAGAUGCCCCUGCACCGGUGGAGGUUGCAGCAGCAGAAGAGGCCCCUGCACCAGUGAAGGUUGCAGCAGUAGAAGAGGCCCCUGCACCAGUGGAGGUUGCAGCAGCAGAAGAGGCCCCUGCACCAGUGAAGGUUGCACCAGCAGAAGAGGCCCCUGCACCAGUGAAGGUUGCACCAGCAGAAGAGGCCCCUGCACCAGUGGAGGUUGCAGCAGCAGAAGAGGCCCCUGCACCAGUGGAGGUUGCACCAGUAGAAGAGGCCCCUGUACCUGUAGAAGAGGCCCCUGCACCAGUGGAGGUUGCACCAGUAGAAGAGGCCCCUGCACCAGUGGAGGUUGCACCAGUGGAAGUUGCACCAGUAGAAGAGGCCCCUGCACCAGUGGAGGUUGCACCAGUGGAAGUUGCACCAGUAGAAGAGGCCCCUGCACCAGUGGAGGUUGCAGCAGUAGAAGAGGCCCCUGCACCAGUGGAGGUUGCAGCAGUAGAAGAGGCCCCUGCACCAGUGGAGGUUGCAGCAGUAGAAGAGGCCCCUGCACCAGUGGAGCCUGAUGGUAUCACAGCUCUAGCUGAAGAACCAGUUACCACCACAGUUGUGGAAGAAGUGGCUGCACCCCCCGCUGCAGAAGUAGCCAGCCAGCCCGAAGAAGCAUUUGCAGCCCAUGCGGAGACCCUGGCAGAAGGUCCCAAGAGAGAGUACAUUGUUGUGGUUCUGGAAGGAACACCUAAAGCGGAAAAACGUCCCAAGGUGCUGGGAGUGGGGCCCAUGACUGGCAGAAUCAUUGCAGCUCCAGACGAUGAUGAUGAUGAUGCCCCUGCUUCUGAGGGUAGGCGACGUCUUCUUAGGAUGCAAAUGCAGUAGUUUCAACUAAGUGAACAGCUCCUGAAGGAUGACUUUCUAUCCUGCAGAAGAAGAGGAUGUGCCUUUCUCCAACAUUUUCCCUUCCUCCUUUUACCCGUGAAAACACAAGGGACUAAUAUAGUUCCAGUGUAAAGAUACACAUAGUAUGUAGUGUUUAGAUCGAUGCCUGUUUUUAUAGAACCAUCAUCCCAACAUAUUAGCAGUGGCCAUAUGGCCCAUUACUGUGACACUCCACACUGACUUGCAUGUCUUGGCUCAAUAGUCCCUGAUGAGCCCAGUCAGUAGUUGAACAGAUCCCCGGUUUAUCUUUUAGUAGCCUCAAUAAGUUUUUGUAACUUGAGUGAAUUGCAACCUGUUUACUGCCGUGGACAAACCUGAGCCAUUCAGCCAACCCUUUUGUCUUAGUGUUUACUGCCUCAAAACUCACUCCAGUGGAAUACCUUGAUACUCCUCACCACAUCCAGUUAACCCAGUCACUGCCCGGCCACUUGUGAUGUGAACCUUUUGAGUCACCAGCGUUCUUUACAGUAGCCGACCUCAGGUUUUUCUUCUGCUUCUCUUGGUGUGAAAAUGAACAGCUGGAAACACUUGCUGUAGUUAUCUUUUUAAUGAAGAAACACUUUGAGCACACUUUGAGCAGCCCGUGUACAGUAGCUACCUUCCUACCUCAGUUUCCCUUGUGUUUUCAGUCUUUAAAAUGACAUGACAGACCUCUUGAUGCUAUCACAGUGUUACAGUUCCUAAGCCAACAACUUAUUUGCUAAGCCACUAGCUUCAAUAAGCUGUAACUUGAUCACAGAAACAACGUAUCCAGUAAAACUAAAGGGAUUUGUUGAUGUUCCUUUACUUCUCUUCCCUGCUGCUGAUGCACUGCUCUCAUUGGGUUAAAACUCUGAAGCAUGUUUCACUUCUGGCUACGCCAGUUGGUGAUGUCACAGCAGGUAUUUGGCCCUUGACAGCUGUUAGAAGAGCUUUUCUUGUUUUGUUCUAGCAUUCAGUCCUGUGUGGAUAUGCAGUUUAAAGGCUUGCAGCAAGUAUGAACAGUCAUGAUACUGAUGUGCUGGUGUGACAUGAAAUGUGUGUUUGGGAAGUGUAGCAGUAUGUCUGAAGAAAAGUCUGUGUGAAAUGCUUUGACAGCUUCCUUGAUUCCCUCUUUCAGAUUGUCUUACCUCUUUACGAUAGUAUUUCUGGCUUUCUUAGCUUGGCAUACAGCAUUGAAAUGGCUCUAAGAUCACUGAGGGAAGAAUGAGUGUUGGUAUGGAUUUUAGAAAUGGACACUCUGUCCUUGGUGCUCACAAGCAGGUUUCUAGAACAGGACGUGAGUGAAUGCCUUUGACUUAGCAAAGGACAGAAACGGACUGUUUCACACUGUUUUUCUUGUUUCUUUCUUGCAAAAUAAAGAGGGAUUAAACAUGA